AGCGGUUUCCUCGGCGCAGUCGCAGUAGUCAUGCCGAUCGUCUUCUACGUCAUCUUUGUGAUUGGGAUUCUGGGUAAUUCUGUGGUGAUGUACGUGAUGAUCAGGCACACCAAGCUCCGCACGCCCUCAGACAUCUUCAUCUUCAACCUCGCCCUGGCUGACGAGCUCUUCCUCAUCGGGAUGCCGUUCUUCGCCCAGCAGUUCAUCUCCGACGAGUGGCAGUUCGGCUCGGCCAUGUGCAAGAUCGUCCACACCUUAGACAGUAACAACCAGUUCGCUAGCGUUUACAUCCUCACCACCAUGAGCAUUGACCGCUACCUUGCCAUCAGCCACCCCUUUCGCUCCAUGUCCUUCCGCACGAGAAAGGUGGCCAUCGUCACCAACGUUGCGGUUUGGGUUGCCUCCCUUGCCUCUAUCUCUCCUGUCAUUGCCUUCGCUAGACAGAACACCUACCCAAACGGGCUGCGCGUUUGCGAGAUCAGUUUCCCAGACGCUACCGACAUCUAUUGGUUCACAAUCUACCAGUUUAUCCUGGCCUUUGCCAUCCCCGUUUGCAUCAUCACGUUUUGCUACGCGAACGUGUUUCGCAAGCUCAGGCAGGUGGUGAACCCGGCGGCCUCAAACGCCGAGAAGAAAACAAAGAAAGUGGCUAAGAUGGUUCUGGUGGUGGUCAUUGUUUUCUUGGUGUGUUGGCUGCCGUAUUACGUCAUUGCGCUGGUGAAUAUGCAGAUGAGCUCGGGCCCUUCCUACGCUUUCCUGGUGUCCUACUUCGUCAGCAUCUGUCUCGGCUAUGCCAACAGUUGCAUCAACCCCCUCAUAUACCUGUCCUUCAGUGUAAAAUUCAGAAAGCACGCUGUUAACACGUUGUUGUGCAAAGAUUGCCGGAAGCGGCGUGUCCUCCCGGCGCCCAUAGAUGACGCCAUGUUGCUGAGGGACCUAAACCUGGGGAGGGGGGCCGUGUAUUACUCCGCGGGAAACGACAGCGUGUUCGGCAGGGACAGGCCCGUCAUCGCGUUCCCCACUUUCCGAACGGUGUAG